GUUAGUCUUCUAGUUCCAGGUCUGAGGUCGGACAGGAGGUCGCAAUGAUUUGGCUGUGUGUUGCGGGAGUGCUUAUAGUUGCAUUUUUGAUUUUUCAUAAGCUCUUCGUGCAGAGGAGGGCCUGCACCAGCACGGCGACACUGCAUGGGAAGACUGUGAUAGUUACAGGCAGCAAUACUGGCAUUGGCAAGGCUACAGCUCUGGCUUUGGCACUAAGGGGUGCCAGAGUGAUUGUGGCCUGCAGAAGCAAACAGAGAGGAGAGGAUGCAGCAAAAGACAUCAGGAGGGAGAGUGGGAAUGAUGAGGUAGUCUUCAUGCAGCUGGAUCUGGCCAGUAUGAAGGCCAUUCGCUCUUUCGUUGAGACCUUUCUCAAAACUGAGAGCAGGCUUGACGUGCUCAUCAACAAUGCAGGACUGGCUACAGCAGGCCGCACGGAAGAUGGCCUUGGCAUGGUGUUUGGUGUCAACCACAUCGGUCCAUUCCUGUUGACCAAUUUGCUUUUGGACCGCUUGAAGGAAUGUGCCCCAAGCCGAGUGGUCAACGUUUCCUCUAUUGGACAUAGCAUGGGUACCAUCGAUUUCAACUGCAUCAACACACACAAGAGACUGGCACUGGGCACUUCAAAUAGGGACAUAUUCAAAAUAUACUGCCAUAGCAAGCUGUGUAAUGUGCUCUUCACCCACGAACUGGCCAAGAGACUGAAGGGAAUGGGUGUGACCUGCUACAGCCUUCACCCAGGGUCUGUGAGGUCAGAGCUGGGUCGCGACCUUAAUGGCACGUUCAUGAAUAUUUUGAAGUGCAUUUCCAAGGUUUUGAUCCAGACGGAUGAAAUGUCCGGCGCUCAGACCACGCUGCACUGCACUCUGCAGGAGGGCAUCGAGCCCCUGAGCGGACGCUACUUCUCCGACUGUAAAUUGCAGGAUGUGAAGGCGGAGGCCAAAGACGACGAGAUCGCCAGGAAACUGUGGGACGUCAGUGAGAGGCUCUGCGGAAUGGCCUGAGCUCUGAAUCAUCAGUGGAGCAUCAACACUCCUGGAUAGUGUGUUACUAGUCAAUUGCAACAUUGUUUUAGUCUUUAACUUGUUUAUAUGAAAAAUAUAAACAAAAUGUUAUUUGAAACGUAUUUUAUGUCCACUUUAAAUAAAGUCUUGUUCUAGA